UAUAUAUCCAAUGCAAAUUGUGUGACUAGCCAACCACAUAAAUGAAAAGAUAUUUUUACCUGCGACUUAAGUAAACAAACCAAAUUGACGAACCAAAAUUCCUAAACGAUCGAAAACAUAAACAACUUCAAAUUUGGGCAGCAGCAGGAACAACAUACAAAAUAUUAAAAAAAAAUAAAACAGAACUAGUUAAAAUGUGUUAAAGUGCAUAUGAAAUUUGUAAUUGGGAGAAGAUAAUCUGCAUACCAAUUGUGAAAGAACAAGAACACCAAACUAGUUUGCAGCAGCAACGGCGACAGCGGCAGCAGCAGCGACGGCACGAUAACAAGAACGACGCCAAGAUCAAGGUUGGCAACACUGAUGCGCACUAUGCAAAUCAGUGAGAGAAGCAGCAACAACAAGAGCAACAAGUAGAAGCAGAAGCAGAAGCAGAAUGAAUGCAAAAUGGAAGCUGGCCGCAGUAUUGCUGCUUCUGCAACUGCUGGAGGCGCGGACAGUAAUCGUUGUCGGUGGAGGAGCAGGGGACAGCAGCAGCAGCAGUAGUAGUAGCAGCAGUAGUAGUAGUAGUAUUAGUAGUGGUAGUAGUAGUAGUAGCCACGCGCCGUCGGAGAUAAUCUUUCGCCAGUGCGAGCCCAUUCGGAUCGAAAUGUGCCGCGGCAUUGGCUACAAUGAGACAUCCAUGCCAAAUCUCGUUGGACACGAGCUGCAAACGGAUGUGGAAUACACAUUGCAAACAUUCGCGCCGCUCAUCGAAUACGAUUGCAGCUCCCAGCUGAAGCUGUUCCUCUGUGCCGCCUAUGUGCCAAUGUGUACGCCCAAGGCGCCGGUGCAUUCCAUUGGACCCUGUCGCAGUCUGUGUGAAUCUGUACGGAUACGUUGCCAUCCGGUGCUGCAGGGAUUUGGGUUUCCCUGGCCGCCGGCGCUCGACUGUGAGCGUUUUCCGCGCGAGAACAAUCACGAGACCAUGUGCAUGGAGGGACCCGGUGAGACGCAUUUGCCCCUGCAGGAGGAUCAUGACAUAUAUGGCCCGAAUAUGAAUAUGCCAGGAACUGGCAUCAAAUUAGCACCAUCUCUGCCGCUCGAUUGUUCCGCAUUGGCCAAAUCCCAUUUAUAUGUGAAACUGCAUCGCUCCGGACGCUGUGCCCCACUCUGCGAGGCGGACAUUCUAUUUACACCAAGUGAGAAGCAUUUUUCCGAGAUCUGGGUAUCCACGUGGGCCUAUGCUGCCCUGGGACUCGCUUGCGUCGCCACACUUUGUCUUCUCCUCCUCGGUGGCGAUAAUUGUGGACGCAAUGCGGGCGCCAAAUGGUCGCGUCUGCUGUCACCGUUGCUCUGGUGCCACAACAUGAUCACCAUUGGCUGGACGGUCCGUUUCAUUGUCGGACGCACGGGCACCUCCUGCGGCACGGAUCCCCAGGCGCCCAAUGAGCUCCUGCUCAGCGUGGAUGGACUAUCCAAUGCGGCCUGCGCCAGCGUCUUUCUAUUGCGCUACUAUUUUGGCAUGGCUGCCUGUGCCUGGUGGGCAAUUUUAUGCCUUGGUUGGCAUCGCGAUAUACGCCGCAAUAGUCCGGACACCAAAGGACACAUUGCGUUGCCUGCCGCCGCCAAGAGGCAUGGUGGUAGUGGGAGUGGCAACACCGCCCAACAGGAUUUGGCGCGCAAUAAUUUUGUUUGCUUUGUGGCCUGGGGACUGCCCGCAUUUCAAACGGCAGCGGUCAUUGUAAUGCGACUGGUGGAUGCCGAUGAACUACUGGGCGCCUGCUUCGUGGGCAAUCAGUCGGAUAAGGCGCUACAGGUGCUGGUCGCCACGCCCGUCUUUUGCUACUGGAUCUUUGGGUCAAUGAAUCUAAUAUCUGGAUAUUUGGUGCACUGCCGCAACAAGGAGAUACUGCGCAAUAGUAAUGCGCUGAGUCUGCAGCAGCAACUGCAGCUGGCCACGCACAACAGCUCCGGCAUUGGUAUCUUUCUUUUCAUUUAUGGCGCCGCCUGUGCCCUGCUGCUGCUCGCUGUUAUCUAUGAAUUUGCCAACAUUGAUGUGUGGCUGAGCGCGCGGGAGACGAGCACGCCACUUUGGCCAUAUUUAACGCGAGCCUUCAUGGAGCUCAUGCUGGGCAUUUGUUGUUUCGCUUGGGUGCUGGGACCAAGCAUAUCCAGCAUGUACAAGCGACAGUUGUCUCUGCGUCCGCUCAAGCAAACACCGGGCGGAGAGCGCACAAUACACCCAAAUCAUCAGCAACAGCAGCAGUUGCAACAGCAGCUUCAGCCACAUAAUCAUCACCAUCAUCAUCAUCAGCAGCAGCACACGCUCGAUGGACAGAGUAGUUCGCGUGGCUCGCAUAUUGCCUGCAGCAGCACGGUUGUCUCCUACCAUUCGGUGCGUCCGUCACAUCAGUCGAUGGCCAGUUCACCGCCAAUAAUCAGCAGUCCGUACAAGCACAAAUCGCAAACGAGCGCUGGCUCCAUCUCUUUGAAUCAAAUGUCCAACUAUUCGCUGGGACGCAGCGUUCAGCAGCAAUCGCCGCCGCAUGCUCACUCCUCGCAUCACCGCCUGCAUUAUGUGCCGCAGAAGCAUCAUCAUGGUCAUCAGGCACAUCAUACCAGCUAUUCGCAUUAUCCGCAACUACAGCGCUACGGCAAUGAGACGCUCCUGUGAACGUAUAGUAUGUGACAAGAACACGUCAUCGUCAUGGCCAGCAGUUCUUUCAAGUCUGACGCCGCACUAAGAUUCCCAAACAGUUGCGGCUGCUUAACCACAAACGUUCCUGCCAAGGUCAGAUUAGAUCUGUCUAGUUUAGCUUUUAAGUUGGAUCAUGAGCUUGCGCCCAACUUGUUGGCACAUUUUACAAGGUUUGUUAGCGUAAUAGUAUCUAUCCAAAUAUUCAACCUGGUUAACAAUGAAAGAUUCCACAUGCAAGGUUUUAUUUGUGGCAAGCCUCCCAAGUUGUUCUACUUACCAAUUUAAAUUUAGUAAAGCCCAUUGUACCGACUUCAGUUAUUAAACUGUUGUAAAAUUUAAAUUUGAUACAAUUGGAAUCAUAAUUAUCGCUGUAUGUGCUAUGCACAUAUCCUGCUAACUAGGCAUUUUUACUGUCAUUAUUUUUUUGAGAAUCAACCUAAAUGUAUUUCUGUAAUUGUAUUAGUUUCAAAUAAUGUGUGUUAACUUAAUGUCCUAACUUAUAUGUUGUGCAUUGCUUCGUUGUGUUUUUUGUGCAUGAUUCCGUGUAAUAAUUUAAAAAAAACUCAAAAUGAAUUACUGGCUUCCAAAAAUGUGAAAAAGAAAACAACUUGCCUUAGAUAUAUACACAUAUUAUUAAUAUAUAUUUUAGAAAUUUGAGUGAAAGCUAUUUCAUUUUGAGAAUUCAUUAAUAACGAAAUGUUAUGCAUGGUGCUUUUAUAAGUAUAUAUAUAUAUUUUUUUAAAUAUUAAAUUUAGGUCUGCUGCCGAUGACACCAAAGUACAAUCCACUAAACAAUUCUUGCCCGCAUAGCAUAAAUAUCAAAUGAAACUCAUUUGAUCUUUUUAUUUUUCUUUUGGUUUUUAUUUUUUAUUUGUUUACGCAGCAACAAAAUACUGUGAUACUGUGAUUCAUGUGCUUAAACUUUAAAGAUAAACAAUAAAUCAAAUCAAAAUAAUAAUCUAACCAUUUCGAUUCACCUACAAAACAUAAAUGAUGUUAACUGCAAGUGUACUUAAAAUAUAACACAAUUGUAAUUGUAUUCAAUGUGCCAUUAGUUUAAGAACUUAUUAAAAGAACUUCCAAGUACUUAAUUUUCAAUGUACUCUAAUCUAUAAUUAUAUGUAUAUGUGGCCGUAUGUAAGUGUCUAUUAAAGUCUGGCCUAAACUUAUUGGUUAAAUAUAUUUUUGAACACGUUUUUACACCGAGCUAAUUAAAAAAAUUAUAUACCAAUACAACGGCUCGCUGGGAAAUAUGAACUUUCAACAUAAAUUAAAAAAAUUGUAUA